AUGUUUGCGCUGAACCGCCUGUUUGCGCCGGUGGGCACCGGCGGGGAGGACGACACCGACGCCGACGUCAGCUGCGUGUUUGCCUUCGACGCCUACCACUACCCCAACGCCUAUCUCGAUUCGCAUUUCGUGGAGAGGGACGGGGCGGAGGUGCCGCUGCGGCAGUUCAAGGGCGACCCGGUGUCCUUCGACGUUUCCGCCUUUGUCCGUGAUCUGCAGCGCAUCAAGCACCAAGACGGUGAUGGCGGCGGCAGCGGCGGCGGCGACAAUGCGGGACGCAAGGAGAUCCGUCUGCCGGUCUACGAUCGACGACUACACGACCCCGUGCCCGACGCGCUCACCAUCAAGUCCCAGCACUCGUUCGUGCUCGUCGAGGGCCUGCUGCUGCUGCACGAUGAGCUCGGGUUCGAGGCGAUCAGAGACCACCUCGACGUGUGCCUCUUUCUCGACGUCGACGAGCCCGAGUGCCAUCGCCGAGUGGUAGCGCGCAAGGUCGUCGGCGGGCGGGACCCGGAUGACGCCGAGCGACACUACGCGCGGGUCGACCUGCCCAACGUGGUGCGCAUCAACCAGAGGAGCGAGAGGGCCGACCUCCUGCUCCAGCUGGGACCCGACGGCGAGAUACGCAGCGCGAGGCCCGGCCGACUCGCCCCGUAG